GUCGUUGCAAAAUCUACACAAAUCCAGUCUUAACUUUUCAUUUAGUUCUUGUAAUGGCAAGUUCUAAUGAUUUAGUACUGCUAAACUUCUGGGCCAGCCCCUUUGGUGAAAGGGUCAAAAUCGCUCUGGCUGAAAAGGGUGUCCAUUACGACUACAAAGAAGAAAACUUGGCCGACAAAAGCCCACUGCUUCUUCAGAUGAACCCGGUUCACAAGAAAGUCCCGGUUCUCAUCCACCAUGACAAACCUAUCUUUGAAUCUAACAUCAUUGUUCAGUAUAUCGAUGAGACAUGGCAGAACGAGGAUCCGCCAUUGUUGCCUUCCGAUCCUUAUCUCAAAGCUCAAGCCAGGUUCUGGGCUGACUAUGUUGACAAUAACGUUCGUUUUUCAGCUAUAUGGAGAACAAAAGGAGAAGAGCAAGAAAGAGCGAAGAAAGAAUUCAUAGAUCUGUUGAAGGUGUUGGAAGAGCAGCUUGGAGAGAAGCCAUAUUUGAUAGGGGAGAGUUUUGGGUAUGCAGAUAUCGCACUGAUCCCGUUAAGCUGCAGGUUUUAUGCACUGGAGAUUAUUGGGAAGAUGAAUAUAGAGAAAGAAUGUCCUAAGCUGAUGGAAUGGGUUAAAAGAUGCAUGGAAAGGGAGAGCGUCUCCAAGUCUCUUCCUGAUCCCCACAAGAUUUAUGAGUAUGUGUUGGAGAGAAUGAAGAAACUUGGCAACUAGUUAUUAGACCAUCUCCAAUCGUCCACCAAAAUGUUGUUUCACCGUCUGAAUACCUCCAACCAUGCGGCAAACUGUAAAAUAAAAUGUCGCCCAUCAAUCGGCUUAGGUCUUUUUAGGUCUCAUUGGUGUAAUGUUAAAUAAAUAAUGUCUUUCACAAUCAUAUGGCCUUCUGUUUUGUUCUACGUUGUAUUAUACAUGGAAAUUUUGA